AUGGCCUCUGGCUUUAGCUCAGUCGAUUUGCCUCCAGGUUUUCGAUUUCAUCCUACAGAUGAAGAGCUUAUAACUCAUUAUCUAUCUCCAAAAGUACUUGAUAGCAGCUUCUGCGCCACAGCCAUUGGAGAAGUGGACUUGAAUAAGGUUGAACCCUGGGAUUUGCCAUGGAAGGCGAAAAUGGGUGAAAAAGAAUGGUAUUUCUUCUGUAUAAGAGAUAGGAAGUACCCAACUGGAUUGAGGACAAACAGAGCCACUGAUUCUGGUUAUUGGAAGGCAACAGGCAAAGAUAAAGAGAUUUUCAAGGUGAAAAUCCCAGUCGGGAUGAAGAAAACUCUGGUUUUUUACAGAGGAAGAGCUCCCAGAGGAGAAAAGACUAAUUGGGUCAUGCACGAAUACAGAUUAGAAGGCAAUAAUUCUAUCCCCACAAGUGCCAAGAAUGAAUGGGUGAUCUGCAGAGUUUUUAAGAAGAGUUCAGGAGAUAAUAAUCAGACAGGGUUCACAGUUGCAGAGGAUUCACAUGAUACGGGUAUGGGUUAUGAGGAUCAAGAAUUUCCAGUUAUUUCUGCUGGGCCAGUUGACCUUGAUUGCCUGUGGAAUUAUUCAAUUUGA